AUGACAGGAAUUAACUACAUUUCAGACGAAACCUUCAUAAGCACCGGUGAAAAUAACGUCGUAUUGCAAGAGUACAGAAAUAAGUAUCAAGAGCCCUACAUGUCUCUUAGGAGUUUCCCAGAAGGGAUCAGGAACUGCUACAAAAUCAAUGUCACAAAUGGCACCAAAUAUUUGAUCAGAUCAAGUUUCAAAUAUGGGAACUAUGAUAGGCAGAAUAUAUUGCCAGAAUUCGAGUUGCAACUUGGAACUAAUGUUUGGGAUUCGGUGAAGUUGGAGGAUGCAUCAACCAUUACAAACAAGGAGCUCAUACAUAUCCCUCUAAGAGACUAUAUACAAGUUUGUCUAGUGAACACCGGCUUGGGGAUUCCAUUUAUAUCGGCACUAGAACUGAGGCCUUUACCUAAUACAUCUUAUCAAACACAAACCGGGUCGUUGGCACUUCAAUGGCGGCUUGACACCGGUCAAACAGCAGCUAAUUUGACAGAAUACAGGUAUCCAGAUGAUGUUCAUGAUCGCUUCUGGUGUGGCUACUAUGACGACAAUUGGAAACUAGUAAUUACCUCGUCCACGAUCGACUCUGAUGUUCACGAUAGUUUCCAGCCCCCAUCUGUUGUCAUGAGCACAGCUGCCACACCAAAGAAUGGAACUGAUGCCUUGUACAUUUCCUGGAUGGAUUUUGAUAACAGUGCAGAAUAUUUUGUUUACAUGCACGUUGCAGAAUUUGAAAAGCUCCAACCCAACCAGUCUAGGCAGUUCAACAUUACUAUGAAUGGAGAGUCCCUUCAUGAGAAAGUUGUUCCUUAUUACUUGUCCUCCUCCACUAUUUACAGCACUAGGGCUUUGAGUACUGGAGGACAAUAUAAUCUUUCAAUCUUUAAGGCUAUGAACUCUACCCUUCCACCAAUCCUUAAUGCCAUCGAGGUGUACACCGUAAAAGAAUUCUUAGAAUCAAGAACAAACCAAGCAGAUGUUGAUGCAAUCACUAGCAUCAAGUCAACUUACAAAAUUAAGAAGAACUGGCAAGGAGAUCCAUGCUCCCCUCUGGUUAACUCAUGGGAAGGUAUAGACUGUAGCAAUGAGCACAGUAGAAUAGUAUCCUUGAACUUGUCCUUCAGCGGAUUAACAGGGGAGAUAGCUCCUUAUAUAUCCAAUCUCACCAUGAUACACAUUUUAGAUUUAUCAAACAACAACUUAACUGGAUCAAUCCCAGACUUUUUGUCUCGACUGCGAAAGUUAACGGUCCUAAACUUGGAGAAAAACAAACUCACAGGUUUAGUUCCCGUAGGACUCAUUCAGAAGAGGAAGGAUGGUUUGCUAUCCCUACGUUUGUGUGAAAAUCCAAAUCUAUCCGGACAAGUUUCGUGCAAAAAGAAGAAGCAGAGUAUCAGUAUUCUCUUGGCAGUGUCAAUCCCUGGAAUUUUCAUCCUCUUAUCAACUGUAUCAGCUGUUUCAUGGGUGGGCUUUAAAAGGAAAAAACAACAUGCCCAUUGUGAUGAUCCUUUUGAUGUAGAGGUGAUGCAGAAUUCCAACCAAAGCAGUUUAUUGGAGUCAGAGGGCCAACGCUUUACAUACCCAGAGAUUGUGGAGAUUACCAGUAAUUUUAAAUCAAUAAUUGGAAGAGGCGGAUUCGGAGAAGUCUACUUUGGCACUCUGCAAAAUCAGACUCAAGUUGCUGUCAAGUUGCUGAUUUCAUCGUCAACACAGGGCUCAAAAGAAUUUGAAAAUGAGGUAGCUAUAUGA